CGAAGGGCCCGCUCACUCGUGGGCAGAGCAUUGGUGUGCCGACUUCAGAUACAAGACUAAAUACCACUUCUUUUCGCACUGAUACAUGGCGUCUCUUCUACGGCAAAUUGUAGCCGGCCCACGCGCCCGGCAUCCUGAAGCUGGGCUCGACCUCUGUUAUGUCACCGACAACAUCAUCGCGACGUCCGGCCCCAGCGGCACCUACCCGCAGCGCGCCUACCGCAACCCACUUGACUCGCUCGUCAAGUUUCUCGACUCGAAGCAUGGCCCAGAUUGGGCCAUCUGGGAGUUCCGCGCCGAAGGGACAGGCUAUCCAGACUCGGAGGUCUACGACCGCAUAUACCACUACCCGUUCCCUGAUCACCAUCCGCCGCCCUUCGCGCUGAUACCCAACAUCAUGGCCAGCAUGCGCAACUGGCUACACGAGAAAGAGGGGAGAGUAGUGGUUGUACACUGCAAGGCUGGGAAGGGGCGAUCUGGCACCGCCAGCUGUAGCUACCUCAUCAGCGAGGAGGGCUGGCCCGUGGAAAAGGCGCUGAGCCGCUUUACCGAGCGGCGCAUGCGACCAAAUAUGGGCAAAGGGGUUAGUAUCCCCAGCCAGCUGCGCUGGAUCGGCUACGUCGACCGGUGGGCCAAGCACGAUAAGUUGUACGUGGAGAGGCAGGUGGAGAUAUUGGAGGUGCACUGCUGGGGUCUGAGAGACGGCGUCAAGAUCCAGGUCGAGGGCUUCGUCGAGGACGGCAAGCUUAUCAAGAACUUUCACACUUUCACAAAGGACGAGCGGGAGAUAGUUAGAGGCGAGGUCAAGACCACGGGUAUGUCGCAAGCCGUGCAAGAAGUCAUGUACAAGAACGGCUUCGGCCCAUCCCAAAGCAAGAAGGACCAGGACAGCACACAGAAGAAUGGCUCCAAAAACGCCAGCACAUCCUCUGUAGACAAGACAGACAAUCUCGAUGGCGCCGCUGCAUCAAGGAAAACUUCACAAGAAAGUCUACCUCUGGGCACAGGCGACGUCGUCUUCAGACCUGCCAAGCGCGUCGUCCUACCGACCAACGACAUUAACAUUGACGUCGAGCGUCGCAACAAAGCCGCCUUCGACCUCACCAUGGUUACCGCUGUCGCACACGUCUGGUUCAACGCAUACUUCGAGGGCAACGGCCCCGAGCAAAGUAGCAAAGCUGACGAAUCCGGCAUCUUCGAAAUCGAGUGGGAAGCUAUGGAUGGCAUUAAAGGCUCGUCUCGUAAAGGCACGCAGGCUUUCGAGCGAAUUGCCAUAGUGUGGCGUGCACUCAAUGCUGACGAAGGACGCCCCGGUGUUGUCAUCACAGAGCCCAAAGAGGGUGAGGAAGUUCACCAACCGGCUCCCGCGGAUUGGAGGGGUGCAAAGGGCGUGGAGCCGAGCGAGGGCAAAGAUUUAGGUGUCCGAACAGGAAGUCCGUCAGAGUCGCAGGCAGACAUCAGCAGAACGACCAGCGUCAGAAGUGAAAACAAAAAGAACGAGGUUAUUGUAAAAGCACCCGGACGCGACAGUACCGACAACGAGACCAACGAGGUUCGAUCACAUGGCCCGAAAGGCGAGGAGGUUCUCAAAGUUCCGAGCCCUUGGACGAGCGCGGAGGCCAGCGGGACCGAGCCGAAAGCAAUUGCCUCAGAGCCAGUGCUGCCAAGCCACGCUGAUCAUACUGACAGCGCAGGGAGCGACUCGAGGUCGGAAGAGCAGGGUUCUGGGUCGCACCAGAGCGGAGGCCGUAUCGAGGGUAUGGCACAAAGCCUGAAAUAUCACGUUUCAGGAGCUGCAUCCACAAGCGACUUACCGGACGGAAGACCGGAGAGCGAGAUGAAGGAUGCGAAAGAGCAUGCCUUGGGUCAUCUUCAUAUGGGCAAAAAGAAGACAAGUUCAUAAGCACCAAUGCUGAAGUACAAUGUUGCAGCUAUGGUGGUGCAUCACUUUGAAAUGCUGAUGCACGGGUUCGAGGCAAAGUGAGGCGUUAAUCAGGGAUUUCGCAUAAUGGAUCGGGGGAGCUGUAGUUGGCGUCUGGUCAGCGUAUCACAAACACGCACGAAGCGUGUUUUCAUACAGGGUGCAGCAUGCAGUAUGCAUUGACGAGGCGUUGGACAAAGAGGCACAUCGUUUUUUCCUACGGUCAUCUGUCCGGUCAACGUCUGUUGUGCAACUUUGAAAGGGGACCGGUUUUUCGCGGUUUCAGCUUAGAUAAUACCAUUUACUUCAAACAUUGAUAUUCUCCUCCA